CAAGUCAUAGCUACAUGUUUAUUAAUCGAGCUUGAUCCAAGUAACCGUCAACAGAAAUAGCAUAGGCAUUUCUGGGGUGGCUAGUCAGUAGAAUACGCGACACGGCUCUCUCGCAGUUCUCUAUCUCUCUCCAUCUAUCUCUAUCUUUGUCUGUUUGUCUCUCCUUCUCUGAAAAUCUCGGAGUAACUAAGUAUCUGGACAGCUUUCAGGAAGGCGUGAAAAACAAUGUGCGAAAAACCUAAUUGUUCUGCGCAGAUGAUCGAUUUUCUUGACGAAGCACGUUGUGCGAUCGUGAUUUCGAUUGAUUGUCUAACAAUAAGCCGUACCGGUUGACUUAUUAAACACGGAUUAAAAAGGAUUAAAAAGGAUUAUCUGAAACAUUGAAUUAUAUAAAAAUCUCUCACGUCUUUUCACUAUUUCGGUGGAGUUAGCUUCGUUGAGGAGAUGGAUUGAAAUAAGUGAAGGAUAAACGAUGCUCAAAUAAACUCGUAACGCGAUAUGCCAGUUCGAAAAUGCAGUAAAUUCCCUGAGUUACUUUACGAACGUUUUACACGUAACAAAAGGCAAUUUUCCAUGAGUGUGUUGUGUUCUUCGAAAAAAGAGAAGGAUUUCUGUUCAAAUACGGAUAUGGUGUUGAAAUUCAUGAAUAUCCUGUUUCCGACUUCAUUCGAAAUUUAUCCGUUUGUUAAACUUGAACCAUUUGAAUUUGGAGAUCCUAUGUCAACAAUGGCGGGUUAUCGAAGGGUGAAUAUCGUGACAGCCAAUGAAACUAUGACCGGCAGCAGUAUAGCGAGCAACAUGAUUGGCGAGUCCGGCGAAAACCCAGUCGACACUCUUCGAUCGACCACGCGACAAAAAAUUCGACGCGUUUACGGAGAGCAGAACGGUUAUCAGAAGAGUUAUCAGAAGAACGAGAAGACACGUAGGACAAGCAACGUCGUCAACAAUUACAGCAUCGUCGCCUCCAGAGGCGAGCUUUCUCGAAAUAACUACACCGUCGGUGAGACGUCGAGGGACGUUCCGAAGAAACGAGCGUCUUUCGUCAACUCGAGCAAGAUCUAUGCGAAGGAGUCAAAUUCGUGUACAUCCGUGUUCCUCGGAAGAGAUUUAACUGGGAAAUAUUUGUCAAAGGACAUUGAGAGGUCACAACCCUCUACCAUAAGACAAGGUCGAGCUUACAAUGGUAGUACACGAAUUUUAGCUAAAUCCGUGUCCGUCCCAGCGAUUCUUGAGGAAGGUUUACAGCGAAAGGAGAAAGCUCUUGUGAAAGACGAAAGAAGACACGACGAAGGUAUAUUGAAAAGAUCAUCAGCCUUUUUAGCGAGUUUAACUCAAACAAGUCAUAGAUCAACUGAGAAGAGGGAUAACGUUACCGAAGAUUCUUUUACUUCAUUUACUGGAUCUUCGAAAUCAAAUGGGUAUAGAUCGAGAUAUUCUACUUUGAAAGGAUACUUCUCGAUUUUAAAUAACAGCGAGAACGAGCUCAGACCGGUGUUAGGACAAUCGACUAGCACCCAGAAUUUGUCAACUAGCUGGAAAAAAAACGUUGGGGUCAACGUCAAAAAAUCAGUGUCCUUCAGCUCGGAUACUAGUUUUGAAAAGAAGCGAGCACCCUAUCGUAAGCCAACUAUUCACGAGGUCAAGGUCUACCACAAGGGCGUUCUUCAAGAUCGUGCCACUCGCGAAGAGAUUAUCAAAACAAAAGUGCCACCUUCGUGGGAAAUACCCUCGGAGGGCCCCAAAGCCCUCUUGAGGGCUGCUAUGGAAGCCGACGACACGAUUUUGAAAGAAGUCGUGAUGCGUGCUCGCAAAUCUGACUUGUGUGAUGUCGACGUUAAUAUGACUGACAGUAGUGGCAGGACGGCUAUAAGCUACAUGGCUGGAAAUGGUGCUGCGGCGAUGUUGGAGUUGGCAUUGUCCUUCGAGGGUGCCGAUCCUAACCUUCCUGACAACGAAGGCAACACACCACUUCAUUUCGCGGCUCAAGCUGGUCAAACCGAGUGCUUGAACGUUCUUCUUCAAAGGUGUCCCGACAUCGAGGUCGAUGCGAGAAACACAUUGGGAUUCACGCCUCUUAUGAAGGCAGCCCUUCAAGGACGAACGAAAUGCGCUAAAAUAUUACUCUUUGCAGGAGCAAACCCCACGUUACGGGAUCAUGGAAGAGGAUUAAGAGCUGAACAAUGGGCAAGAUUUUGUGGGAGAUAUGUUUGUGCCGAAGUAAUUGAGAGAUUCGCAAGACAUCGUUUAUUAGAGAGAACUACAUCGUGUCGUUGGGGUAGUGAACCAGAAUUAGCAGCGAAAGUUCUUCAAGGAAAAGUAACGCCUAUUCCAACAACACCGUUACCAACCUCCUCAACAGGUCUGAAAUCGAGGAUUAGAAAAGUAUUUCGAACGAGUUCAGGUCCCGACCGAAGUUCCUUUUCCUUGGUUUCGCAAUUGACGAGUGCAGCUCUCUGCGCAAGUAGUCCUGCGUUGCCAAAGAACGGUCAAGUGCCACCAGUCGUCAAGAGUCUUCUCCGACCUCUUAGUGUACCGCAGUUAAGGAUCACCUUAGUUUCGCCGCAAGAUUUCAUCGAGAAAACCGGCGAAAAGUGUGGCGCGAGUUUUGUGGAAAGAAUCGAAAGUACCAUUGUGAAGCCACCGAGAACGAAAAAGAAAAGCAAGUAGUUGAUCGUUCCACAAAAUUCCAUUGAAAGGAAAAAGAAAAUCACAUUGUGUUUACGUUGUAUAAUCUUUCUUAAACGCGACGACCUUUUUGAAUCGAAUAACUCAUAAGUAUGAUAGCUUUUUUAUAAAUAGCUGAUCGGUUUUAUCGUCCACGAGCAGUGAGUUUAUGGUGGAAAAUUAAAGAUCAAAGAUCAAAGGGAGUUCCUUCAAAUUCUACGAGGAUUCUCAAAGUGUUUCCACGUUUUACGAUCGCCGUUUAAAAUUGUGUGUGUUUCGACGUAAACGCCAUGACGCCGUAGUCAAAGCUUAUAAACAUUUUUCGAACCGGUCGGAGCUUUAUAUUUUUAGAUUAUCAACGUUCUUAAUUGAUCGCUUCGAUGCGAUCUAAGGCACUCGUUGAAAAUUUUUUGUGGAAUGAUAUACUUAAUGGUGGAAUUACGUUUUACGUCGAUCACCAAAAGUGCGAAAACGAAGAGUCACAUUGUCCUUGAACAUUUAAAUAUUUAUCCUGAGAGCAACGACGCCGAAGAAAGCCGUUUGGCGAAUUGCCCGAACAAGUGUUUACUCUUAAUGAAUGAUGUUAAACUUCUUUUAAGUACGUGCGGUAUGAAACUUUUGUAUGGACUACUAUGAUGAUCACAUGAUUGUUUAAAUAAACGUCUCAUUUGACAUUGAAAAUA